GCGAAGUGCUGGGGUGAUAUCGGUGUGGACUGACAGACGCGAUGGAAGCGUCGACCGCAGUCGUUGAUGGAGAGGUCGCAUUGACGAGAGGAAUCUGUGGUAUUUUUUUUUUUCGAUGCAAGGCGCCUCUCAUUCAUGCUUUGCUCAUUUGAAACGCUUCUCAGGCCAUGUUGUGAGAACGCCAUGGACUGCAGUUUGCAGCUCAGCGUCCUCUGUUCUUCCCGCUCUCUUCGGUCAACGUGUCUGUGCCACUAAGAAAAUGAUUUGCAACACAUCAGGUCUAUCGCUGCUAAGCGCACCACGUAGAAAAACCGAUUCAGGACAAACUCCAGCAGCAAAAAAAAGAGCUGUUCCCACCCUGACAUACAAGUCAUGUCUAGAGUCCAGGCAAUGCCUCAGUGGAGACUGGAAGACUGCAAUCUCUAUGUCGAGCUACUAAUGACCAUCCACGUGCGGGGUGUGUGCUUCAACCAUCCAUUCCGGAAGCAUAAAUUCCAGGUCGAGAACUAUAUGCCGCCGCAGUCACAGGGCUGCAAAGCGGCAUAGAAGACAUUGAAGGCCUCAAAGCGGUGUCCUGAUGAGGACAGGCCGUCUGCGCUGAGACGCGGGUACCUCUAG